AUGCCUCUGGAUUAUUCAAAAUGGAAAAAGAUCGAAGUGUCUGAUGAUGAAGAUGAUACACACCCGAAUAUCGACACUCCAUCUUUAUUUAGAUGGCGUCAUCGUGCUCGCCUUGAACGAAUGGCUGAACGUAAAGAAGAAAAAGAAAAAUUGAAUAAGGAGAAAUCAACUAUUGAAAAGCGAAUGCAGGAAAUCGAAGAAAAAUUAAAAUCAGCUAACUUGGAGGAAAAAGAACGAGUGAAACUUAAACUUGAACGCGAUGAAGUUAAAAAACAAGAAGAGGAUUACAUGAAAAAAGAAGAGGAACUGGCUGAAAAAGAAAGGCUUGAACCAUGGAACGUUGAUACGAUUGGGCAUGAAGCUUUCAGUGCAUCGCGCAUUAAUAAAAUAAGCGAAAAGAAAUCGGAACCACCCAAAAUGACUGAAGAAGAGGAAAAUAAGCGAAUGAUGGCAUUCUUCACAGCAAAUGAGGAAUUGUUGGAUCGGUAUGGUAAAAUAACUGGCUUAGAUGCAUCAAGAGAUUUCCUUUUGGAGCAUCCACACUUGGCAUCAAAUUUUUCUGCGAAUUAUCUGACAAUUCAAGCAUUGAAUCAUGCUAUGGAACUUGAAGAUAAAGAAAUGUGUAUAAUGGCUGAACAAAUUAUCAUAAUCCAGUACCUUCUAGAACUCGCUGGGUCAUUGUGUGCACUUCCAACAAAUACGAAUUUCAUUGCAAAUUUCUUCAAAAAGUUGCAAGCAGCUGAUCCAUCGUAUAUGUCGAUGUUUCGUAAGGAGGUAAAUGAAUUCUGCGAUCGUUUGCGUAAACGUGGUGCUGAAAAACGUCAAGAAGCUUUCGAAGAAUAUGAUAAGGAGGAAAAAGCUAAACGUAUAGCUGAAUCACCUGGCGGUGUGGACCCGCAAGAAGUGUAUGAUUCCUUACCAGAGGAAAUGCGUAGUGCAUUUGACUCUCAAGAAGUAUCACGACUUCAAGCAGUCGCUCAAAAAAUGGAUCGCGAUGUUUUUAUGUAUCACCUACAACGAUGUAUUGAUAGUGGCCUUUGGAUUCCUGAUGCUAAGACAAAAGGCGGUCAGCAUUCCUCUGGAGAGGCUGAAGUCGAAUAA